AUGCAUCAGGAGAGGAAACUGAACUCCACUGUCACCCACUUGGAGCAAACGGAUAAGCCUUGCAUGAAGGUGAGGAUGGGGAGUUCAGGUUAUGAUCACAUGGGCUCCACAGGACUUCCAUCUCUCUGCAUAAGUCCCCCACCUGAUACUCGGAUGGCCUGGAAGGAGGAGACAGAAGAUAUCAAAUCUCGCUGCAGUUUGUUGGGCCUCCCAGAGCUCAGCUGGCCAGGAGUGUACCCUACCAGUUAUGAUGAGUUAGUGAGUGAAGAACUGCAGAUGGCAGAGGCUGCUGCUCUCCCUGCUCAAGGUCUGGGAACUGCAGACCCAAACCUACCCAUGCCCAGCGCAGCUCACAACCCUCCCAUUGAUGUGCAGUGUGAAGCAGAGGAAUACUGUCUGGAGCAGGUCCAGUCGAUGGUGGUGGGAGAAGUGCUGAGCGAUGUCAACAAGGCUUGCAAGCUACUCAACAUUGCACCAGACCCACUCGACUGGAGCUGCUUGCAUGUUUACAAGUGGCUGCUGUGGACGGAGCACUUGUACCAACUGCCACAGAUGAGCGUCCUCUUCAAGGAACUGAAUGGAAGGGAUAUGUGUUCCAUGACAGAGGGUGACUUCAGACAACGCUCCUCGCAAUUUGGAGACAUGCUGUAUGCUCAUCUCGACAUCUGGCGAUCUGCUGCAGCAAUGAAAGACCAGUGCCCACUAGAAGAUAUUAAGUCAGCAAAUGACGCUUCUUGGUGCAACUGCCCCAGCCAGCCCAUCCACUUGUGGCAGUUCCUUCAGGAGCUGCUCCUCAAGCCACACAACUACAGCCGCUGUAUCCGCUGGAUCAACAAAGAGAAUGGGAUUUUCAAAAUAGAAGACUCGUCUCGUGUGGCCAGGCUAUGGGGCAUCAGGAAGAACCGUCCAGCAAUGAACUAUGACAAACUAAGUCGAUCUAUACGUCAGUACUACAAGAAGGGCAUCAUUCGAAAGCCGGAUGUGUCACGCAGACUGGUCUACCAGUUUGUUAACCCUAUAUGA